AGUUCCGACCCCGUCCGAGCACAACACCGCUGCGUGAAAUAGAAAGCGCGCGCCUGCUGCAGCUGUGGUCUGUUGUGUAUUAAAUUACUGGCGUCAUGGACGAGCUCGCGGUGGAAGUGCGAGGAGCGAGUGGAGCUUUCUACAAGGCUUAUAUUAAGGAUGUUCAUGAGAGUACUGUCACAGUGGCUUUUGAGAACAAUUGGCAGCCAGAACGACAGAUUUCUUUCCAGGAUGUUCGGUUUCCACCUCCAACCGGUUUUCAGAAAGAAAUAAAUGAGAGCGAUGAAGUGGAGGUGUACUCUAGGGCUAAUGAUAAGGAACCCUGUGGAUGGUGGCUUGCCAAAGUUCGCAUGGUGAAAGGAGAAUUUUACGUUAUAGAAUAUGCAGCCUGUGAUGCCACCCUAAAUGAAAUCGUCACAUUAGAGAGGCUACGACCUGUGAACCCCAACAAAGCAGCAACAAAGAACACCUUUCUCAAAACCAGACUAGAUGUUCCUGAAGACUUGAGACAGAUGUGUGCAAAAGACUCAGCACAUAAAGAUUUUAAAAAAGCAAUUGGAGCGUUUAAUGUCACUUACGACUCUGAAGAAAAGCAGUUGGUUAUUUUGUCUGUUAAUGAGGUUACAGCAAAGCGAAUAUCCAUGUUGAGUGACAUGCACUUUAGGAGUCUGCGCACAAAGCUGGCGCUGAUACUGAGGAAUGAGGAAGCAACCAGACAGCUGGAGAGUUCUCGGCAGCUGGCCUCAAGGUUUCAUGAACAGUUUGUGGUGCGGGACGAUCUCAUGGGAUUGGCCAUUGGCACCCAUGGAGCAAACAUCCAGCAAGCCAGAAAGAUUUCUGGAGUUACAACCAUUGAUCUCGAUGAAGAGACAUGCACGUUUCACAUCUAUGGAGAGGACCAGGAGGCUGUACGGAAGGCCCGAAGCUACCUGGAAUUUUCAGAAGAUGUUAUCAAAGUUCCUAGGAAUUUAGUCGGAAAAGUCAUUGGCAAGAGUGGGAAGCUGAUUCAAGAGGUUGUGGAUAAAUCGGGUGUUGUCAGAGUACGAGUGGAACCUGAAAAUGACAAAAAGCCUUCUCCGUUAGAGGAGGGUAUGGUGCCAUUUGUGUUUGUGGGAACAAAGGAGAGCAUUUCUAAUGCACGUAUUCUGCUGGACUACCAUCUGAACUAUUUAAAGGAGGUAGAUCAGCUACGAAUGGAGAGACUGCAGAUCGAUGAGCAGCUUAGACAGAUCGGUGGAGGACCCAGAGCUUUGCCGGGACGACCCGAGAAAGAAAAGUCUUUCAUGGCUGAUAAUGGAAUGGGACCCUCGCGAGGUGGAGGCAAACCUUUUGGUCGAGGAGGACGAGGAAGACGAGGCCCAACGCUGGCUUCAGGCACCAACUCCGAGGCAUCUAAUGCAUCUGAGACUGAAUCAGACCACAGAGAUGAGCUCAGUGACUGGUCUCUAGCCCCCACAGAUGAGGAGUCUAUGGGUUAUCCCAAAAGGGCCCCUGAUGGACGCAAAAGGGGUGGGGGGCCCCGUGGUCGUGGGGGUAGAGGAAGAGGAGGAUACAAAACUGAGGACAUGCACUGGAAUGAUUCCCGCUCCCGUAGUUCCAGAGACUCCAAGCUACGACCCCAGGAAGAGUCACUGCAGAUCCGCAUCGACAGCAAUAACGAGAGGAGCAUCCACACCAGCCGAAGCUCUCAAGCUAUGGCAGGAGACAGCGGAGGGAACCGGCAGAGACCCAUAAAGGAACGCGUGAUGAAGAAAGAAAAGCAGGACGGCUCCGACAGCCAGGCCGUAGUGAACGGCGUUUCGUAGAGAAUAACAAGCCCCCCUUCCCCUCAUUCUCCCACUCAGCUCCACCAAUCCAGAUGCUUCUUCAUUAGAGACACAUUAGGCCAAAGAGAACCAGGUCAGUAGGGCUGUCGCAAGACAUGACAUAAAGCACACUUUGUAAUUGUUAGCGGGGUUAAAAGACGAGGUCUCUUGGUGUACGGUGUGUUGAAUUUGGUAGUCUUCACGGAUUAGAGAGACCGGUCUCUAAAUCUCAACUGAAGCUACAGGUUUUCUAAUUGACUUUCUAAAUAACUACCUAAAGAAGCUGUGGAUAAAAUGUCUCUCAUAAAUGGAAUAAAAACAAAAAAAAGAGCUUUUCCAAGAAAUUGGUUUUUAAAGUUUGUUUUCCACAAUGUCCAAAAAAAAGGGAAAGAAACGCAUUGGAGGAUGAACUCAAGCUCUCGACGCCCAAGUUUAUGCCACAUCUCAUGGCAUACAUUGUUUUUACACGCUUUGGUGUCCAUGGUUUCUCGAGCCCAUU